GAUAAAUCACUGGAAUGAAAACAUUGUUUCACAAGUAAUUUAUGCAUAAAAAGAUUUAUUUAUUGCGAAUUCCGAUUUAAAACGGUUUAUAGAAUUUUUGAAAUGUUAUUUGUAGUAAAAGAAGUGACUAUUUUUCUUUUUCUUUGUACUCCAUUUCUUAAUGCUUUAAGUAUUCCAAGCACAUCUGAUAAUGUCAACAUAGUUAAGUUAUUCUCAGAUUUGUGCAACCCAAAUCCUUGUCAGAAUGGUGGGAAAUGUUUACCGACGAGAAGACGUUAUAAAUGUAUUUGCAAAUUACCAUUCUUUGGGAAAAACUGCGAAUUGGAUCCGUGCUCGGAAAAUCCAUGCUACAAUGGUGGAACAUGUAUACAAACUGGAUACUCAUUUAAAUGCAAAUGUAGAUCAUCGUACACUGGAGAUAUUUGCCAAAAUGAUAUAUGCUCACUUGAUCCGUGUUACAAUGGUGGCACUUGUGAGUUGGAUGGAGAUACUUACAACUGUAAAUGUCGUUUUCCAUAUUCUGGUAGAAACUGUGAAAAUGAAAGGAUCGGAACUUCACCAGACGAUAAAACAGAGUUGACAAAUGGCACUACCAACGAUUAUCAAUGGUCAUCUGAAUUUCCGGAUAUCUUAAACGUGACUACAGACACUUAUCAAUGGACAUCAAAUGAUUCUUCCCAAUUUCCGGAGACCUUGAACAUGACCACAGACACUUAUCAAAGGACAUCAAAUGACUCUUCUGAAUUUCCUGAUAUCUUGAAAGUGACUACAGACAAUUAUCAAUGGACAUCAAAUGAUUCCUCAGAAUUUCCUGAUAUCUUGAACGUGACUACAGACAAUUAUCAAUGGACAUCAAAUGAUUCCUCAGAAUUUCCAGACAUCUUGAACUUGACUACAGACAAUUAUCAAUGGACAUCAAAGGAUUCCUCAGAAUUUACUGAUAUCUUGAACGUGACUACACACAAUUAUCAAUGGACAUCAAAUGAUUCCUCAGAAUUUCCGGACAUCUUGAACGUGACUACAGACACUUAUAAAUGGACAUCAAAUGACUCAUCAGAUUUUCCAGAUAUCUUGAACGUGACUAAAGACAAUUAUCAAUGGACAUCAAAUGAUUAUUCAGAAUUUCCGGAUAUCUUGAACAUGACUACAGACACUUAUCAACGGACAUCAAAUGAUUCUUCUCAAUUUCCGGAGAUCUUAAACGCGACUACAGACACUUAUCAAUGGACAUCAAAUGAUUCUUCUCAAUUUACGGAGACCUUGAACAUGACUACAGACACUUAUCAAUGGACAUCAAAUGAUUCUUCCCAAUUUCCGGAGACCUUGAACAUGACUACAGACAAUUAUCAAUGGACAUCAAAUGACUCUUCUGAAUUUCCUGAUAUCUUGAACGUGACUACAGACAAUUAUCAAUGGACAUCAAAUGAUUCCUCAGAAUUUCCUGAUAUCUUGAACGUGACUACAGACAAUUAUCAAUGGACAUCAAAUGAUUCCUCAGAAUUUCCAGACAUCUUGAACGUGACUACAGACAAUUAUCAAUGGACAUCAAAGGAUUCCUCAGAAUUUACUGAUAUCUUGAACGUUACUACAGACACUUAUCAAUGGACAUCGAAUGAUUCUUCAGAAUUUCCGGACAUCUUGAACGUGACUACACACAAUUAUCAAUGGACAUCAAAUGAUUCCUCAGAAUUUCCGGACAUCUUGGACGUGACUACAGACACUUAUAAAUGGACAUCAAAUGACUCAUCAGAUUUUCCAGAUAUCUUGAACGUGACUAAAGACAAUUAUCAAUGGACAUCAAAUGAUUAUUCAGAAUUUCCGGAUAUCUUGAACAUGACUACAGACACUUAUCAACGGACAUCAAAUGAUUCUUCUCAAUUUCCAGAGAUCUUAAACGUGACUACAGACACUUAUCAAUGGACAUCAAAUGAUUCUUCCCAAUUUCCGGAGACCUUGAACAUGACUACAGACAAUUAUCAAUGGACAUCAAAUGAUUCUUCAGAAUUUCCUGAUAUCUUGAAUGUGACUACAGACAAUUAUCAAUGGACAUCUAGUGAUUCUUCAGAAUUCCCAGAGAUCUACAAUGGAACUACAGGCAUUUAUCAAUGGACAUCGAAUGAUUCUUCAGAAUUUCUGAAAGUCUUCAAUGAAACUUCAGACUAUCCAGAAGACUUCAACAUAACGAACAAUCCAUCAAACGUUACUGUUGAUUUCAGUGUUUCCAUAUAUGGGAUCAAAAAUUUCACGGAAAGCUAUGAUCUAACCACAGUUCAACCAGGAAUUUGUAUUGACGACUAUGAUUGUGUGAAUGGAGGUGUUUGCAGAAAUAGAAAAUGUAACUGCCUGCCAAACUUUGGAGGAGACAGAUGUGAAAUAAUCAUGCUCUGCGAGAAAUUAGAGUCCACUUGCCGUGCAAUGAAGGCGACUUGUAAAGUUGUUGGAUUCAACGCAAUAUGCGAUUGUCCCGAAGGAAAAAUAUACAAUCCAAAUUCAGGAGUAUGUGAAAACAUAUGCGACCCUUGGAAAUGCUUGCAUGGCAGGUGUGAAGUAACAGAACGAUCAUACAGAUGCAAUUGUGACAGCGGAUAUACAGGAUAUAACUGCAAUGAAAAAAUAAAACUCGAUCCUGAACGGCAUAGUCUAUGGUUUCCAGUAAUGACUUUUCUUAUGAUAUCAACUUGCCUACUUCUCAUUGGAGUCAUCUGUCUCAGUUGUCAAAAUCAGCUGUUCUGUCGAUAAUCAGCUGUUCAUAUGAAUUCCACAAUAGGACAUAAAAUGUAAAGAAAUUUUUCCAUCCAUUAGAAAAAAGGUCUGUUUAACCUAGCUCCAGAAUUUUCAACUAAAAGAAAUUACAUGUACGUAGGAAAGACUGACUGUAUUAUCUUUCAAGAUUUAAUGAAGUUCCCACAACUUCAUAAAUCCAAAUUUCCUUUGUAACGAUAUAAAGUACCAUAUGAUAAAAUACAUGAAUCAAACUGAAUAAAUGUGAUUUGUUCUGAAAAUAAAAUACAUGAUACUAUAUAUAUGCAUACAA